UAGCCCUGGAAUGUAUACACUGUCUCCCUGCCCAGCAGUCCUUGCACAAAGCUCUAGAAAACUAUGAAAGUGCCUUCAGCAUAAACAAAUCCAGAAACCUCCCAGGACAAAUCAUUUGCCAACUGAAGGAAAGGCUUGGGGUUUAUGGUUUCUCUCGGAGCUAGAGGUAGAAACUCUCUGGGGAGACAAGCCAGACCAGGCAUCAGUGGAUGUCACUGCAGCAAAACAAGGAUGGACAAGGAGUCACCAGAUGGGCUGCUCUUCAAAGACCAUGACUUCUCUUCUGACUUGUUGAGGCAACUCAACAGCUUAAGGCAAAGCAGGAUUCUGACUGAUGUGAGCAUCUGUGCCGGUGCCUGGGAGAUCCCCUGCCACCGCAACGUGCUGGCCUCCAGCAGCCCCUACUUCAGGGCUAUGUUCUGCAGCAGCUUCCGGGAGAAGAAUGAAGCCAAAGUGCAGCUGAAAGGCAUUGACUCCCCAACCCUGGACCAAAUUGUCUCCUACGUGUACACAGGGGAAGUGCGCAUCACCGCGGACAAUGUGCUCCCCGUGAUGGAGGCUGCCUCCAUGCUACAGUUCCCAAAGCUGUUUGAGGCCUGCUCCUCAUACUUGCAAAGGCAGCUGGCCCCCAGCAACUGCCUGGGCAUGAUCAGACUCUCAGAAAUCUUAAGCUGCGAGACCCUCAAGAAGAAAGCCAGGGAAGUGGCACUGACGUCCUUCCCAGAGGUGGCCACGUCAGCUGACCUGAAGGAGCUCUGUGCUUUGGAGUUGAGAGACUAUCUCGGAGAUGAUGGGCUCUGUGGGGAGGAGGAAAAGGUGUUUGAGGCUCUCAUGGUUUGGAUUAAGCAUGACCUCCAGGCCCGGAAGCGGUACAUGCAGGAACUGUUCAAGCAGGUCAGGCUGCAGUACAUCCACCCGGCCUUCUUCUACCACUUCAUCGCCAAUGAUGCCCUCCUGCAGUCAUCACCUGCAUGCCAGAUCAUCUUGGAGACGGCCAAGAGACAGAUGUUCUCUUUGUGUGGCACCAGUGCCCCAGACUGCAAACUCCUGUUGCAUGUCCCUCCGAGAAGCUCUUACCAAGAUUUCCUCAUCCUUUUGGGUGGAAGGAAGGACAGCCAGCAGACCACCAGGGACGUCUUACUAUACAGCAAACAGACCGGCCAAUGGCAGAGCCUUGCUAAACUCCCGACCCGGCUGUACAAGGCCUCUGCCGUCACCUUGCACCGGAGCAUCUACGUGCUGGGGGGCAUGGCUGUCAGCUCAGGGAGGAGUCUGGUCAGUCACAACGUCUACAUCUACUCCCUGAAACUCAAUCAGUGGAGGCUGGGGGAGCCCAUGCUGGUGGCCCGCUACUCCCACAGAAGUACCGCCCAUAAGAACUUCAUCUUCUCCAUCGGGGGGACUGGAGAAGGACAGGAGCUCAUGGGCUCCAUGGAAAGGUAUGACAGCAUUUGCAAUGCCUGGGAGAGUAUGGCCAGCAUGCCCGUGGGUGUGCUCCACCCUGCAGUUGCCGUGAAAGACCAAAGACUCUACCUCUUUGGAGGAGAGGACAUCAUGCAGAACCCUGUGCGCCUUAUCCAGGUCUAUCACAUUUCCAGAAACUCAUGGUUCAAAAUGGAGACAAGAAUGAUCAAGAAUGUGUGUGCCCCUGCAGUGGUGCUUGGGGAGCGGAUUGUCAUUGUGGGAGGUUACACAAGGAGGAUUCUUGCUUAUGACCCUCAAACCAACAAAUUUGUAAAAUGUGCGGACAUGAAAGACCGGAGGAUGCACCACGGGGCCACAGUGAUGGGAAACAAGCUCUACGUGACGGGCGGGCGGCGCCUGACCACGGACUGCAACAUUGAGGACUCCGCCUCCUUUGACUGCUACGACCCCGAGACGGACACCUGGACAUCCCAGGGGCAGCUGCCGCACAAGCUCUUUGACCACGCCUGCCUCACUCUCCAGUGCAUACCCCGCAUGUCCGCCCUCCCAUGAGGUCAGCAAGAAACCUUCCGUCCUACUCAAGAUGCCUCCUGUUGCAAGGGACACAAACCCAGCUCCAAAGGGCUUAACCCUAAGAGACUGCAGGGAGAGCUCACAAGACUGAGGUAUCACAGUCGGGAGGCCUGGAACUCGGCAUAGCAUUGCCAGAACCCUCUCUCUGUCCUCUCCCUCUCUCACUGUCUCUCUCCCCCACCUCCAUCUCUCUCCUUUAUCAGUCUCUGUCUCUCCGCAUUCUCUCU